AUGGAUCGGAAACUGAAUUCCUUUUUGAAGCAAUUAUGGUUACGUGCUAUCGAAGAUGCAACACGAGUCUUGGUCACACAACGGAAGAACGUCGACCCGACUGAUGCGAAAAAAUCCGCAGAUCCCAACCGACAGUCUGUUUGGUCCAACGACUCUUUUGUACGAGUGAGCAAGGCGGCGAACAGUUCUCCGAACGAGGCUAGUCCCGCAACCACUACCGUCAUUCAACCGGGAAAGUUACCUGCGUACGCAGUUCCGCCCUCUUCUGUUCCACCGGAAGCAGCCAGAGAGACGUUAAAAGCGCUCUCAGCCACUUUGCCCGAGUGUGCUGAAAUGUUCUCAACUGUGGCUGAGGAUGAUACUCCAGCUCCGAUAAGAAAGAAUCCAUUUAACGACUCUUCUCCUGCCACCAUUACAAUCGUCACAGAGCAAACCGAUGCAACUGGGGCAACUACUGUACCUACUACAACAUCUACCCGAAACCCGCGUGAUUGGUUGUGGGCUGUCCCGGAAGAUUUGGACGUGGCUAUUUCUGAACGCGAUUUCUCUAGAGCCACCGAGCUGAUUGUGAAAGCACAACGAGAGCUGGAUCGUAUUCUGGUGAGUUACGAUGUGCACAGUACACGGCAGGCAGCCAGACCGACUAACAAUUCAACCCGACCGCAGCCGACAGGUACAUCUGGUAGUAAAGGUGAACGGGGGACGGAGGAUACGUUCAUGGUGGACUCCAAGCCUCGUUCGGCCUGGGAAGCUCUGUCCAAACGUAUUGCAAACAACCAGAAAAGUUUGGCCGAAGCUCUUGAACAGGAACUAAUUACAGCGGCUGAAAGGCAUGGUGCCCCUAGAACGAUCCAUGCCGCGGUUAGCCAUCUGGGUGCACUGGGCAAAUCCACUCUGGCUGCACAGCUGUUCUUGGUCUAUCGAUCCAAUGUAAUGUCUCGUGCGCUGACUCGUGGUGUGCGACAAGAAGGCAAUCAGUUGGUCUAUUUAAACCGAUUGUCAUUUGCAUUUCAUCGUAACCUGGCCGAAACCGCAGCCGAAUGGCAGAACAAUGUGGUGGCCCCGUUGAUAUCCCAGCAAACUAUCACAGGCGCCAGUGGUGAAGCGAAAUCAAAUCAACUGACCGAACAAUUGCUGGCUUUACGUAAGUUAGGAUGCGGUUUUUCGGACUAUGUGAAAUUUGAUUGGUGUAUCAUGCAUUUUCUAAUCGUCACCAUACUUCAACGUUAUGCAACUAUGAUGGAUGAAUGA